GCUGCGGGACGCCGCCGCGGAGGAGCGUCGAGGCGCAUCGGGGCUUCCUCUCAAGCCGCGAACGAGGCCGCGCCGGGGGAGGCGGACCGGCACGGAGGUCCCAUGGAGCCCCCCGAGACGAAGUUGCCGAGGGCUAUCCUUGGCCAUGGAGACUAUGAUUCUGACUUUAGUGAUGAUGAAACAGGGGAGAAAUCUCGCCAACAGAAAAAUAGCGAAGAUACGUUACUCAGAAAGCCCUUCCAGAAGGAAAAGCAGAGCAAGGUGGCCCACAGACAGGUGGCAGUGGAUGAAUGGGACAGGGAAGAAGCCCGAAAUAGACGAUUCCAUUUAAUAGCAAUGGAUGCUUAUGCAAGACAUAAGAAGUUUGUAAAUGAUUACAUUUUAUACUAUGGUGGUAAGAAAGAAGACUUCAAACGUUCAGGAGAAAAUGAUAAGACUGACCUUGAUGUUAUAAGGGAGAACCACAGGUUCUUGUGGAGAGAAGAAGAUGAAGUUGACAUGAACUGGGAGAAGAGGUUGAGCAAGAAAUACUAUGAUAAAUUAUUCAAAGAAUACUGUAUAGCAGAUCUGAGAAAAUACAAAGAGAACAAGUUUGGAUUUAGAUGGAGACAUGAGCAAGAAGUUGUAUCAGGAAAAGGACAGUUUUCUUGUGGAAGCAAACAUUGUAAUGAAAAAGAAGGCUUAAAGAGCUGGGAAGUGAAUUUUGGUUAUGUUGAACAUGGCAAAAAGAAAAAUGCACUUGUUAAAUUAAGACUCUGUCCAGAAUGCUCUUACAAAUUAAAUUUUCAUCACAGGAAAAAGGAGAUCAAACCGGGAAGCCAGCAAGGCAGCAAAGGACAAGGCUCCAGAGUUUUAAUGUGUAAAAAGUCAAUAUCUUCACCAGACAGGCACAAGGCAAAGAAAAAAAAGAUCCACGAAGAUCAGAAGACACUAGAAGGAUCCAACAAAACUGAUGAAGACUCAGAUAGUGAUCAGGAAGAUGGUCCCUCGGAGGCAGAUUUCUGGAAGGGUCCGCCACAGGACACAGAAGAAAAAACAAGGGAGGAAGAAUUUGAUGAGUACUUUCAAGACUUGUUUCUCUGAAAUGAGAUCUACAAAUCUGAAACUCGUUUCUUCAUAUCCAUCAAAAUCUGUAAAUAAAAAGCAAGUUUUCACAUUUCAUUCAAUAUGUUUUUACUUGUAUAGGAGAUAGGAAUUAUCCUGUGUGUCUCUUUCACAUCCGCCCAUAACUGUUAGUAUAUAUUAAAAAAAAUGGUGGUAGUUUUUGUUUUUGUUUUUUGUUUAUAACGCCAAUGUUUAAAAACUGUAGUAAGAUAUAAUUCGUAGUUUGCUAAGAUUCAGCAUUACCUGUGAUGAAAAGGUAGUCAGUUUAAAAAAGCUAACGUUAGCCAAAAAGGCAAAGGGGGAAAAAAACACGCAGGAACAUUUGAGUUUUGCCUUAAUUCUGUUAAUUAAUCUGGGGGAGAGAACAGUUCCAGGGUUAGAUGCAGAUCUUCUGUAAAAGUCAAUCAUCCUGAAGAACUUAGACCGUGGCCCCAAACUCUUCAGCUCAUUGACCCUUUCAUGAAGUUUCAGAUUGUUCAUCGACCCCCAAACAAUUAUAAUAUGAAAAUAAUAAAUGCUACUUUAACUAAUAGUACUAUAUAUAAUAACAACAACAACAAUAUAGUAAGAAUACUGGAUAGUCCCAUCGACCCUUGGGGGUCAGUAUUGACCACUUUGGGGAACCCCAAUCUAGACCACUGAGUAUCCUCAAUGGCCUAGCAAUGGUUUAUCUUGUCUCUGUAAAUACCUUUUUCUGCCAGUAUCCACCAUAUUUUCAAUUCCCUUUUCCUCAGGUGAAUAGACUUUGUUUCUUUUGAUCUCCUCCUCUGGCUUCUCAGCAGUUCUGCAUUGAUUACCAUUGUAUUGGCAAUCAGUCACUUGAGCUUGCCAUUAAAGGGAGAUGACUAAUACUGCUGGACAGCACUUCAGUCUUGAAGGCAAAAUGAUGUUUCGCAGGAGGCGAGGGCAAUUGCAUAGUCCGUGUCCACAGCUUCUUGACACAGCUGCAUUUUUCCUGGAAUUUUUCAGCUGCUCUCUGCAGCUGCAGCAUAAUCCGUGGACAGAUGUGACUUAUGUGACUUCCAGGGGAGGUAUGGCGAACUGAAGAUGUCUCCGCGAAAACGGAGCUGAUGACCGCGGCAAAGACCAAGGGGUACUUUGCUUGCGCUAACACACAUUGUGAAGCCCCUCUUUUGAAUGCUUUGCACAGCCCCAGUGCUUGCAUCUUGAGCAAAGUGAGAUCAAGUGUUUUUGUUACAACUGAAAUUGAUAUAUGGCACAUCUGCAAACAUACAGUAGUAUUCAAAGUUAUAUGACUAUCACUUUAAAAACAGUUGACUACGCCAUCUAAUCAGAUUCCUGAUGUUUUUUAAGUUAUUUGUUCAUAAUAUGUUCAUGAACACGCUUGUUUCAUAAUGCACAGCUUGGGUGAAUGUUCAGACAUCUCUCUCAGUGUAGAGAAAAACAGAGAUAAGGUUGGCAAAGGUAUGCAAGAACUCUUAGCAGAUAAACGAGGCAGUAAAUGACACUUUAGCUGUGGAAAGGGAGGGAGAGUGAGAAAUAGACUGAGAAAAACUUCGCUUUGAUUCCGUAUGGUGUAAAAGGGGGCAGAGAGAAACCCUGGCAGAUGGUUGACAUUCUGUUAGCAUACCCUACAACAGCAAAGUAGUGUUGUGGAGUUUGCUUCCUCACCCAGCUUCUCAAAGGACUGACUCUCAAACAGCUACCUAAAAUAAUUGUGUUUUUCAUGGAUCUUGCAUACAGAAGUAAGGGUGAAAUAAGGCUAAACAAGGUUGUCCUCAAAUGGCAAAGAAAGUCUUCUUUGAGGGCUUCUUUACAUAAGAAGAUGGAUUUAAAGGUUAAUUCUUCAUCAUGUUGCAAGAUGGCAGUCAAAUCCAAUAAGUGGCACACAGUUUACAUCUGUGCAACUGGUCUCUCAAGAGUUUUAGAGGAGCUGUUUGCUACAGUAUAGUUGCUCUUCCAAGCCCUGUUAAACAUCCAUCUGUUUUGGAUGCCUAACUUUCUUGUAGAAAUGUGUAAUGUAGUUACUGAAAUAAAUUUCCCUAUGCUGAUAUAAAGUACAUGAUGAAAAGCAAA